AUCUGAUUUUAAACCUUAAUCCUAACCUGAACUACACUGCUAACCUUAUGCCUAACCCUGACCUUAAAUGAAGACGAAAAAGCAUAUUAUAUACGUUUUGGAAAUGUUGACUUUGUGGCUGUAAAACCUGACUUUGUGGCUGAGUUAUCUAGUGGAAACCUAACAGCACUGGUAGCAGACCAGUGGUAGUAGUCAACUCAACUCACACGUCUUAUGUUGAAGUUUGAUGAGGAAGGCGGCGUACUAACUCAUGGAUUGAAUUGAAUUGUAGUUUUUGGUGUUUCAAAAUUGUUUUUACUCUUAGUGGAACGUUGCAUAUCGAGCAGGUAAGGAGGGAUCAAUCAAGGAAAAGGAUUAAAUCACCCUCUUCAAUAACUGAUUUUCAACACUAAUCAAAGAACAUUUCCGUGACACCUUGCAGGUACAAAAUGGAGGUGAUGAUGAAGCAAUAAUGAUGAGACCAUGAUCUGUUCCUGAUCCUUGGUCCAUCUAAUUCCUUUCCACUAAAGAUGGAGUCAGCAGUCACUCCACCACCUCCUCCUCCUCCACCACCCCCCCCUCGCCCUCCCACCUCCUCCUCCACCACCCCCCCUCGCCCCCCCACCUCCUCCCCCUGGUCCCCCUCCCCCCCCCCUGGUCCCCCGCCUCCCCCUGGCCCCCCUCCCCCUGGCCCCCCUCCUCCCCCUGGCAUGGGCUUCGGGCUAUCCAGAGGCCUCCAGCGCAGCGGCUCCAAGAUGCGUAACUUCAACUGGGAUGCAAUCCCCAAACACGUGGUGGUGGGCAAACACAACAUCUGGACGGAAGAGAAGACCCUAGGAGAGUAUGAGCUGGACACUCAGAGGAUUGAGGAGCUGUUCAGUCACAGCCAACAUCAGGGACAGGGACAGGUACAGAAGGCUCUGAACAGACAGAGUCUCAGAGGCAAGCCAACCAACGGUCAGGGCACAGAAGUGGUAUCUAUACUGAACUCCAAGAGGAGCAUGAACGUUGGGAUCUUCCUGAAACAGUUCAAGAGGCCAGUGGGAGACAUGAUCAACGACAUCAGUUCAGGAAACGGCCUGAAAUUUGGGACAGGUAAACUGAAGGAGCUGUGUAAGCUGCUGCCAGAGAAAGAAGAGGUGAAGCAGCUAGUUGGGUUUAAAGGGGACCAGUCAGCUCUUCCUGAAGCAGACCUGUUUAUGGUGUUACUUAUCAAGGUUCCCAGUUAUGAGGAGCGCCUCAACAGUUUGGUUCUCAAAGAAGAGUUUUUCCCGCUCAUGGAUGAAAUGAAACAAUCCAUCGCCACCAUGAUCACAGCUGGAAAAGAGCUGUUAGAGUGUGACGAUCUACACUCUGUGAUCCGCCUGGUGCUGAAGACGGGAAACUACAUGAAUGCUGGUGGCUAUGCUGGCAGUGCCAUUGGCUUCAGGAUGGCAUCGCUACUGAAACUAGUGGACACAAGGGCCAACAAACCAGGCAUGAACCUCAUGCACUAUGUAGUCAUGCAAGCUCAGAAGGUUGAUGUGGCCAUGCUGAAAUUCCCAGACAAACUCACACACAUCGCUGAUGCAGCAAGGAUCCAUAAGGAGGACAUAGAGAGUGAGUUUCAGAGAGAGGUGAAGAAAGUAAAGGAGGCGAAGGAGGAGGCGCAGAAACAGGAGGAGCUAUGGGCUCAGAUGGAGGACUUUCUCAAGGAAGCAGAGUGUCGUCUGGCUGAGACUGAGCUCUCUCUGCAGUCGCUGGGUUCAGUCAGUGACUUGGUGUCUGAGUACUUCUGUGAAGACCCCAGCAAGUUCAGACUGGAUGAAUGCUGCUCCAUCUUCAACUCUUUCUGUGCAAAGUUCCUGAGGGCCAUCCAGGAGAACCGUGAUCGUGAGGUGGCGGAUAUAAAGAGGAGAACCAGAGACAGACUGCUGAGUGAUGCUAAUGCUGCUAAACGCCGUUCCACCGCCACCUGCUCCAUACGGGACAAGGACAUGGAGGGUGUGGCCCUGGAGUCCGUACUACAGAAGUUCCUGACCAAUCAUGUGUCCCAAAGGAGAAAAGGCAAGGGCACACCCUCCUGCACCAGUAGCAGCCUAUCAAAGGUCCCCAUUCAAGCAAACCUCCCCUCGGCAGAACAGGGAAACCAAGGUUCUGUUAAGGCCACAGAGGUGUGUAAGGAGAAUGAGUGGAACUCGGCCAGAGACCUGACUGGGACCUCUCAGAGCGACCAGAAGGACCAGUCCCACAGCAAGAAGAACUGGAAAGAGAACAUGGUUCCAAAUCCAGAGGAGACACAGCAAAACCCUAAGAAACCAGAGCAGAACCACAGAGGUUCUAGUUCUGGUUCUACACAGCCUACCAGGAGAACCGGUAGCAGCAGCUCCUCCACAGGUAGACCCAUCUCAGUGACGAUGAAGGACAAGGAGGAAGAGGAGGAGGAGGGAAAUGAGGAAGAAGCCCAGAAGUUGCGUGAAGUGUCCAGGAAGGUUCUGAGGUAUCAGAGCAGCCGUGGUAGUCUUUCGUCUGGGGAGUACGGCCUGGAGCAGCAGAAGUCUCCUAAUGCCACCAAUAAUAAUAAUAACACCUCCACAAGAUCACCCAACGCUACGAACACUAAUGCUAUAUCCUCCCCCAUCUCCACCAUCACCUCCACCUCCCCUCACCAGGUGACCUUCCAAGAGGACAGACAGCGGCUGCUGGGGGAUGCAUGUAGAGGCAGCGAGAGUCUGGCUAGAUACCUCCUCAACCCUCACCUCUCCCCCAAGGGAAUACUCACCCGCAGACACACCUUCACCCUCCUCCCAAAAGCCCCUCCUACUGAGGAAGAGGAGGAGGAUGAUCUGUUCACUUUUCCUACUACUCCUACUCUGGGGGUCAUAGGGAGGAUGAAGUCAGUAGACACUGGUCUGAUGUCCCCGAAACACAGAGCCUCUGGAGAACCUAACCUCACCAAACUCCCUGGCCACUCUGAGAAGUCUUGUGUCCAAGACCUGGUGUCUAAGAGCCCCAUGUCAAAACACAACGUCUUGGCAACAAGUCUCAACAUCCCCAGGGACUCUGAAAACAGAGGCUUGGUGGUACCCACCACCCCUCGCCACUGUGAGACAUCUGGUGUCCAGCAGGACAAGGUGUCCAACAUCUUGUCAGCAGCAGAGAGACCUACACACGUAGAGCUAGGAGAGCUGAACCAGGACAAGAGCUCCUCUAUAGUCAAGACAAAACCUCCCCCCUUACACCUAGAACUCAACCACAACCAGGAUGAGGAGAUAAAGGAGUUUUCUCCCACCCCUCUCCAGACACUCGUCUCCCAGAAACCCAAGCAGGCUGACCCUCCUCAGAGCCCCAAACACAAUAUGGAUAACCCUGCUAAGAGCCCGAAGCCCAAACCUUCAGAGAGCAAUGGAUUCAUGUCUUUCUUUAAACGCCUGAGAGAGAGGAGCAGGCCAAUGUGAGGAACCUGGUGUCCAAGACCGGGUGUCCAAGAGUGUCAGCAGAGAGACCUACACACAUAGAGCUGAACCAGGAGAAGUGGACAAAGGAGUCUGUCCUGGACAAGCCCUGAGCCCAAACCAGAUGGCUAUGGAUUCAUGUCUUUCUUUGAACAACUGGGAAAGAAGAGCAAGCCUUGCUAACAACAAGGAUAUAGACUCUAGAGGUGCUCUAGACUCGUGAUUCAUCUAUUUAUUCAGAUCCAGACUACUCAGACAGAUGUUACAUUGCCCUAUGGACUAUUGAAUAUAUUUAUAUCCAUCCAUUGAUUUUAUAAAGGUUUAAUUCAAGGGAACUGUUGAAGUGGAUUUGUAGUGUAAAAUAAUGAUCUGUUGGGACUGGGAGAAUGUGUCCAAAAGACAAAUGUAACUUUAUACCACUAGGUGGCAGAGUGCAACAACGCCACAUGAAGCGUGCUGUUGGCCACCAACAAAUCACUGUUUAGUUGUUGUGCCACCUCAUAUUCCAACACAGAAGACCAUGACACUUAUUGUAAUAUUGUUGCCAUUGUCUUUAAUAAUAGUGAUAUAUUUACAUCAGUAUUCUUCUGACUAAAUAAAACCACUGUUGAGUGGAAUGGACCCAAUGUGAUCUUUACCUUGGAAAAUACUGGAACUAUCUUUGCCAUAUACAGUACUAUUAAAUUAUAUUUGCCGGAGGAUAUACUGUAGAAAUUACAUUAAAUGACAGGCGAGGGCCUGUAAAGACAAAUACACAGUAUUAAGAUCAAAGAAUUUCAUGGACAAAUCUGUUUAAUAAUAAAAGUGUUUUGCAUUACAUUUAUCACAUCAUUUCAAAUUUGUAUUAAAGUGCUCCUCUCCUUAAA